GCGCGCUCUUAUUUAAUUCCACCGUCAUUUCGUGUGCGGAGUUCACAAAUGUAAUUGGGCCGCGGAGAAGGCAAGUCAUUUGGCAGAGUACGGCACAGAAGUAACAUCUAAGGAAUAUUUGAGGUUAGUAUAACAUAAUCUGGGACAUAUAUACGUAUGCUAUUUCAUUGAUAUAUAUAUAACAUUGUUAGUUUGGAUUUAAAUAUAUAGGAAGUUUUCUUAAAUAGAUAUAGGUAGUUUAUCACCAUUGUGCAUUGGUCGAAUUUGUGGUAGCAAGUUAUCUAAGUGUUUAUAUGUUGCAAUAGUCGGUUAACCCCUACUGUUUAGUUCUGCCCUAGGCGAGCAAAAUUAUUUGAAAUCAACUCAAACUGUGUUUCACAGGGAGCCAGAUUUAGACCAAGCUAUAUUUAACUUUCUGUAAACCCAUGCAGUCGUCAAAUUGCCUUGAAAUUAACUAGGCUAUUUGUUUGGUUAGAUUUGUAGUCUCAUUCUGGUAAAAUGUUGAAUGGGAAUGGUAACAUGCAUGCACUAUAGAAUUUCCUUGGGCUGGGAGAGCCUGGUUCAUACCCCUUGCAUGACACUGUCCCCGCUAUAUUAAGGCGAGACAAUCUCCACAGACUAUGCUUGUUUAUAUAUGCUGAAUAAAGUGCCUUACUUGCCUUAGCCCUUACCCUAUAAUUAUAGUUUUGAAUUCAACUUUGAGCAGUAAAAUAUUGAACCAACAAUGGCGUUCAAUUAGUGUAUGAAGAAAUUGACAAACUUACAGUAUAAAGUUUGCAAAAGGCGAUGGUUCUCAAAGUAACAGAAACAAGCCCUAGAAGUUAUAUUUGGUACUGAUAUUCGCCGACCAUUUGUAAUUAUGUACAUAAUUAUUAAUGCUGAUCGAGCCAAAGAGGUGCAUGGGCUGCAAAAUAUCAAGCACUGAGUUGACACUCGAUUCGCUUAUUGUUUAAACACUAUGAAGAGUUGGCUCCCCGUGAUAAAUCAGCACAACCUCUUGGGAAACUAAGAAGACGUGAACUUUACUGAUAACGAAGCGUAGGCCAUGAUAUAAAAUAUGCGUGAGUGGGCUGAGUGAUUAAAAAUAUGAUUAAGCUAGCCAGUCACUAUAUGCUGCCGUCUACUUAACACUAUUCCCCCAGACUGUAGUUAGAUCUAUGGUUAGAUCUAUUUCUGCAUUGCUCUUGAGUCAUUUAGUAAUAAUUAGAACCUCCUGUUGGGGGGGAAACAAUGGCACAAAAGAUUAAACUACUGGAAACAAAUACAAGUACUCAAGUUACUCACCAGCUUUGUCAAAUCAUCAAAUGAGACGGUCCAAUGAUCACCACACUAAACAUGCACUAACUCACUUAUGAGUUUAAUUAUUUCAUUUUUCUGGACCUGAUUUAACUGCCUAAGUGUGAUGUUGACUGUCAAUUCAAAUACCAAUUAAUAUCACUAACAUUUGUAUAAGAACCCACUAAAUACCAAGUCAGGGUGAAUAGGUUCUACAGGGUGUCUCAAAAAAACCCAAAAUCAUUGAAAUAACGUAUUGUUCGAAUUUCAAUGCCGUAACACAAAGGAUUUUGACAGGGUGAUUAAUUUGUUUUAAAAAAUUAAAAUAUCUUUGUAAAGUGAACGUUUGUUUGCUCAUGUGAAUUUAAAAAUGCUUCGUAAAUUGUAAUAUGCGUAAUAUGCAUUCGUGGGUUUAGUACUUUAUGCCUGACAUAACAAGUUUACGCUGAGUAUUACCAUCAUUAUAGCAGUUAUGUCAAUCUUUUAUGCACUCGUGGGAUUAACUUAGUGCUAGGGCAUUGAAUAUCGAACAAUACGUCAAUUUCAAUGAUUUUGGGUUUUUUUGAGACACCCUGUAGAUUAGAACGGAUUAGAAUAUUAAGUUGUAUUUCAUGACUCUAAUCGGCCUGCAGUCUAUAAAAUCAGUAACAGUAUACAGCCUUUUCUAAACUUCAGGCUGAAUUGGUUCUGAUAAAAAUUGGUGUCUAAAUAGCAAAUUUCAGGCUGCAUGUAGGUUCUUAAUCUGCGGGAUUUUACUAUAUAUUUGGCUUUAUUGGCUUUAGCUUUUUUGAAGUUGGGUUAAGUAAAUAUCAAAUCAAGGUUGCCUCUUUCAUUUUGCCUCUACAGUGGCUGCCAGAAUACUACUCAACUAACGUUGGAUUACCACUGGCUUCAAAAACACCUGGACGAACUUCGUUAUGGAACAGAAAAAGAUCAAGCGACGAAUUCAAGCUUAUCUGUGGGAGUUCCUUGUUGGUCUCCUAGAGGACGAAGAAUGCGCGCCAUUUAUAAAUUGGACUAAUAAAUUUGAGAAAGAGUUCGUGGUAGCCGACCCUGACGAGGUAGCCAGUCUUUGGGGUCUGUUGAAAAAUCGACCGAAAAUGAAUAAAACGAAGCUGAGAAGAGCUAUAAGACAGUAUUACAAACGAGAUCUAAUCAUGAAGGUAGGAGUGUUUUUGUGUUUGUGUUCUGUACUUUAAUUGUAUUCAUGAGCGCCUGACCAGCCGUGACGAACGCGGGAGAUGAGGGGUUAUUUGCAUAUAUUUUAAUUGCGGGUCAGUGUAAUAUUUUAUACAAUAAAAACUUUCAUUGCUCAAUAGUUAUUAGAGCAUUAGUCUUUUACCUUCGCUUCAAAAGGGUUGGAUUUCUAUGAAGCUUCAGCCUUCAGUUAAAUGUGAGAGGAAUGUUUCGGAUCGACUAGUUUUUCUCCAGUAGCGACACAGCUGAACCAAUCCGGGAUGUUUUACAGGAACAUCUAGGGAGAACAACCUAGAAGUGAUAGAGCUAUUUCAUGUAUUUUUGGUGCAUAAGUUAAUCAUCUAUUUAUCCGAUUUACUGCAUACAAGAUAACAAGAAGUUUGUGAAGUCGUCACCAUGUCUGAAGUUGCGUGUUUCAAGUGCUUUUACAUAUUAAACUCAGUUACUUUUUCCCCUGCUAAAAUUCUAUCUUUAUCGCUGUCACUUUGUAUGAAUGUUCCAUAUUUAUAUAAACUCCAAAAUUAACUUAAAAAACUGAUCCAUAUACUGUAUUCAAAAAGGUGAAUUUAAGUCUUCCAUAAGAAAUUUCGUGAGCUAAGGGUGUAAAUUUAAAUAAUGCCCGGAACUUUAAAUCAUCAGGUGCAAGGGUUAACUCAAGAAGAACGAUUUUUCUAAUCCUGAGGAUAGAUGGCUUGAAUUAAGAUAACUCAAACUUUGUUAAAAAUCGAUUUCUGUCUUCUUAUGCAAUAGAACUUUCAAGGAACGUUUUAUCGCACAGUCAUGCAUGCACCCAAAGCCGACUCUCUUUGUCCAAUUAGAAGCACGCAUGCAAGCGUAUCAGAAUAAUGUCCGGCCAAAACUUAACAAGUAUUUUGUCUUUGUCGAUCAGCGUAGUAGAAAUAUUAGCAUUUUCAGGAUGGUACUGUACUGUAGUCAAAUUAUAGCUACCAUUAUAUGCAUUUUAUAAUGUUGAAUUCCUAUUUUCAUCAAUUGUGCAAUGAUUUAUUAUAGUUCCACAAUCAGAUAGGCUAGCUAAAAGGUCUAAGGAUUUGACUAAGUCUAAAUUAAUUAAAAAGGAAGUUUUAGAUGUGUGGCGGUAUAUAAGAUUAAUGGCACUGCAAUUAAAUUUCCGAAACGAUAUUGUAGAAUUGAUGUACAUAUAUAAAUAACCAGGACAACUUUUCUUUGUUUUGGAGUGCCAGGAAUUAUAUAUUAGCUGACUGACUGAUUUAACACACAAUGAAAUUUUAAGUAAUUGCUAUACAAGCGUUCAGGCGAUAUCUUAUAUCACGUUGAAUUACGCAGAGGAAAAACACUAGCUGAUAAAAUGCAUAAAUGCAACAAUGAAUUUGAACAGUGGUAGUGCAUGAGUAGCUGUUCCCUCUGUGAUUCGAAUUAUUCCAGAAUAUUCCCAAUUACAACAGUCCGCAGUUCAACUCUAUUUUCUUCGGGUAUAACUGUUACGGCACUAUAAGGAGAACAGAUUUGACUGAGUUGACACAGUUAACCUUGUAAAUGGUACAUGAAUUCACAUUAUGAAAUAUUUUAUUAGAUCUACACCGCUUGCUCCACGAGUGUCAAGGCAACCCACUAAAAAACGACACGUCUGAACAGUGUAUAUUAAAUUUGAGUAUUUAUACAUGUAUGUUGACACUUUUGUCACCAAAACGGUAUUAACCUUGAACUGGUCUGCCGUUGGCGACGUCAUGAACCCAAUUAAGCAAUAUUCUAUACUAAAUAUAACCAUGCAUAUACGUGACUUUGUGAGCAAGGUUAACUAUACCCUGGGAACUGUAUUUUGCAAAAUUUAGCGGAUUGAUUAUGUCGUGACAGUUCAAAUCAGAAACGGUGAUGAAAUUUAAAUAAUUAAAAAUUGAUAAAAAUUCACAUUAUGCAUCUAAGUUGUAAGGUAUAAUUUCCCCGUACUUCUUUAAUGUAUACACCUCCUGGAAAAGGUAAAGGAUUUUGCAUGGGCUAAAUCUACUUAAAGUUAUAGAAAUAUGGGAGAGCAUAAACUUCGCCUUGUAUAAAAUAGAUAAAAGGGCCAUGCCCUUUCAUGCAGAGAAUCUCAAGUGCCUCUUAAUUAUUUAUUCAAAAAGGAAACGUCUUUAUUAAUAAAAUGGUAAAAGAACCCUUUUAUUCAGAAAAGUUUAAUUAGACAACCGGCUUGUUUGACCACCUCGAUUAUAGGUUCAUUACGGAACGAUGGUGCAAAAAUAAAUGUUGAUUAGCUUGUUAUCCCAGUAAAAAUAAGUCUUUCAAAACACGCUUUACACACGUAUGAAUGAUGUAGGUUUUAUUUACACUUCAAAUUGGAUUGGGAUUCUUUCACUACAAUAGAUAAUAUAUAGUCUGGCUCUAGGAUGUCUGGUUAAGUCAUCUAGCGUUGCUCAUUAGGCAAAAUGAUGGCCUAAAAGUAUUGACUAGCCAGGGAAAAUAAUGAAGUCUAUAAUUAAGGUGUGCCAACACCUUACAACAUGUAGCCAUAGAUCUUCUAAUACUCUGUCAAUAUAUAAUUAUAACAUUUAUUGAGUGUUCUACUAUAUACUAUUAUACUAAUGCACUAGUCAAUCGAAAGCCCGGCCCCCCGACCCCCGGGACUAUGCGGGGAUUUUAACAUUUCACGGUUGUUAAAAUCCCGGCUAAAAAAUCUUGUUCAAUUGUUAAAAUCCCCGGGUUACUGCAUGGCCUGGGCCUAAACAUUUGGGUGUUUUUUUAUUCAAAUUUCCGCAGUUUGAUAAAAAACCUAACAUUAAUAUUUUCAUUAAAACUCCAAAGUUAAUACUUUACCUGGUUCGUUCUUUAAAAAUUUCGUAGCAUAUUAUAAAAUUAAUACAGGAGAAUGGUUCAAAUGAAGCCAAUGGUUGUCAGAUGCUUUAUUAUAUUCACUUUUGAAUUUGCUUUUAUCGUAAACAAACUAAUUAUAAACAAAGGCCAAUAUAUAUCUGUAACAAUAUGAAAAGCCAGGGUCGGGGAACGAAAUUGACCGAAAGGAAUAAUAAAAAAAUGUUGUUUGGUGAAACUUAUAUACCGUAAGAUCACAGCAAACGGGUGUAUAUAAUAGGGAAUAAAUUUGUCUUGAAAGUAAUUCGUUCGGGUAUAGAAUAACGUUAUAACGAAGAGUUAGUACACUUAAUUAAAAUCAAAGUAGCAAAACAUGUAUUGUUAAUAAUUCGCCUGUGAGGCAAGAAUUUUUAAAAUUAUAUCAGAAAAAAAGCGGCUGACAGUUUAGUUUUUAAUGUUGUACGCCCACAGCUUUUGCAUGAACAAUGUCAAUGUCCACAAUUGUCUUUGUCCUUUACUGUAGAACACAGGAACACACAAAAAGUGUAAAUAACGAUACCAUUGACGUCGUAUAGUGUCACAAAAUAUUUACUUGUUCAUCAUUUUGGUAUAUGGACUUCCUGUGGGAAUGAAUGCUUUAUGUAUAUUCUACAGGAUGUAUAAAAAAAUGUACACCCUUUCAAAUUCAAAUUAACCGUAAUCUGUUGUAGUAAUUUGACAGCCGUAUAAUUUCUCGAAUUAAUGAAUGCGUGAAAACACAAGAUCUGCUGCACAUGGGAAUUUAGGAUAACUAUUUGUAUGAACAAAUACACAACUCAAAGAAAAAUGUUUAAAGUAUAAAGCAAUUAUUCAAGUCUGCAUAAGAUAUAAAAUGGGCCAGCUUACUGCGGAACAACGAAUAUUUAAAAGGUUAUGGCUAAUUUGAAUUUGGUGCAAUUUUUUUUAUACACAUUUGGUGUAUCAAAAAACCUGCAAACACUAUAAUUUGCAAUUCUGCUGCUCACUAGCAUUUCAAUGUCUGUGCGACUUAUUUUACUCCUGGGAUUUGAAAAUACAUUCUAAUUAACCGCGUUGAUAACUUGAUAGAAAUUAGAAUAACAAUAAGUUAUUUGUAAUGCAAAAAACUAAUUAUAUCAGUUCGACUGCGAAUGGCUCAACUGUGUUUACGCACGCUUGGGAUCAAUUAGUUCUGAAUCAUGCAAAUUCUAAAAACAUUGUAGCCUACAUGUACAGGGUGUCCCCCCAAAACGAAAACUAUUGAAAUCACUUAUUGUUAAAUUUGAAUGCCCUACCAAACAGCUGAACGUAAUGAUGCGUAAAAUAUUGACAAGGUGCAUGUAUUAAAAUUUAGUUAAGAACAUCUCCUUGUAAUUUGCGCGAUUUUCUGCUCUUUAGAAUUUAAAGCAGCUUCUUAAACAGUUCCUUUAUGCAUAAAAUUUUCUUAUGUCAAUCAUUUAUGCACUCGUGGGAACCAACAGAGUGCUAAGGCAUUCAAAUUCUAACAAUCAAAUUGUUAUUGGUGAUUUCAAUAGUUUUCGUUUUUAUGGGGACACCCUAUAUUUUAAAAGUUUGCAGGUUUUUUGAUACAACCUCAAUAAGGGCUUAUUGACCAUUUGAAAGGAAUGUAAUCACCUAUAAAAUUAUAGCUCCAAUUCCAAUCCCGAACAAGUAUUUGUUCCCAGAUUUGAAAAUUAUUUUUUGGCACAUACUGUUUGGAUAUACGAGUUAAUAUUAUACCAAGGAGUGCUGGUGUUGUUUGAAAAUUAUUGCAAUUAUAUUCUGAAUUUGAUGUAUUUUAUUAAAUCAGUUAAUUUAUUCGAGAUCACAUACAUAUUGUGAGUGUCUAUAAGUACUAAUUAAAAUAUGAGCACCUGAUCUUUAUGGGCAUGCAUUUAUUUGUAAAAUGAAUUUAUUUAUUUGCUUUGCUGGUUAAUAUUACUACUCAUGUGGACAAUCUCACGCUUCAUUAGCAUGAAUUUAAAAUCUGAAUUAAUACUGAUAACUUUCAUAAACAUCCCUGCUUCUGAAUUAAUAUUCAUAACUUUCAUAAACACCCCUCUAACUUGAUUUACUGAUCUUUAAUGCAGUCCACAAGUGUGCACAUGUGACCUAAAUACCGCGUCGUGAUUUGUUUGUAGCCUUAUUAAAUUAAUUAUUCAUGAAUUUUACAAAAUUACUUAAAUUUUCCUUACAUAUACUCAAUAGUUAUGAUAGAGGUUUAAAAUGUUCAGCUGAUUUAUGCUUUAAAACCUCUUACGAACUUCAUUCUUUCAUGCAUGGUUUCAUUCUUUCAUGGUAUAGGUAUUCAAUGUACCAAUAUUGGUAUUUUCUUCUGCAUGGUGCUAUAAGCAAAUAAUAAAAUUUAAAUUGUAUUAUUUGCUUAUCUAUUUGCCUUCGGGAUCUAAAAUUUCAAGGAUUGGCUUCGUAGUUAUCAGUAUCAAUUAAAAUGAAUAAGACUAUGACUCAUUUGAUACAUCGUUAAAAGUCUAGCCACCGUUGUGGGUUUUAAAUCAAAUAUAUAUUACUUUUUAACGGUAUCAAUUAAAAUGAAUACGAUUAUGACUCAUUUGAUACAUCGUUGAAAGUCUAGCCGCAACAUAUACUAGAGAUGGCUUUAUUGCUAUAAAGUCUAUAAAGACAAUACGAAUGUGCUGGCAUUUGAAAUCCAAUUUAAUUGAUUGUUGACAAUUUAUAUAGUAGGAUUAAAAUAAUUUGUUUUUGAAACACCCUUUUAAUUCACUGCCCACAUCAGUUUCAUAGUGGCGUUGGUUUCAAUGGUGGAAAAAUCUAGCAGCAAUUAUAUACAAACAUAGAUUUAAUACAUGUUGUAAUUACCAAGCCCAUGGUGGGCAUGGGCGUACCGGAAGGAAAAAAUUAGGGGGGCGGAAAGAAAAUUGCCCGACUUUUCGUAAAAUUGCUCGACUUUUCGUGAUUUUGCCCGACUACUACCAAAAAAUUUUUCCCGGAAAAUAUUUUUUUGCGGACCCCUCCCCCCGUCGCCAAAAAAAUUUCGGUCAGUGUACCAUUUAAGGGGUCAAAAAAAUUUUCCGGAUAUCAAAAUUUUUCUGAGCAUCACAUAAGUUUUCAAAAAAAAACACUACAUUUUCCACAAAAUUUACUAAAUUUUCGAAAACAAUGACAGAAUUUGUCCGAUUUUUUUAUAACAACCCAAAAUUGCCCGACUGUUAAUCGAAUAUUGCCCGACUGCCCAAAAAACCCCCGCCCCCCGCCCGGUACGCCUAUGAUGGUGGGUGUUGUUGCUAUGGCUUUCUUGAGAUUUUUUAUUUUGGUUUCAUCUUAUUGUUUUGUGCGAUGUUAAUUUUAGCGGUAAUUUUUUUGUUCGAUACAGUAAUUAAUUAUAAGGCCUGCUUUUUAUUUGCGCAGUCCAAACCUUGUCAUUUCAAAACUAUGCUGUAGUUUGCAUCAUAUUUACUUUGAGAGAGGGAAUGAAGUAACAUGUAAUGAUUCAUGAUUUAAUGAAUAAAGCUUCAAUGUUUCAUACUCAAACUAAACUGUCUUAAAGAUUGAAAGCUAAUUCGCUUUUUCGGUCUAGAUUGAAAUUUUAGUGUCUGAUAUUUUAGAUCUAUCAUAAAGGAAGCCAAACUACCGAGGACCCACUCAGAACACUUAGAGAAUGCUUUAUAUAAAUAUGAAGAUUUAGAUCCGAAAGGAAAUUAAUACCGGCCAGCAUUCGUUCGUAAAUCCAAGUUCCUAUAUAUAUGUUUAUUAUACUGUGAUCAACAUACAAUAGAUUGUCGAAUGCAAAAAUACCUCGGGUAACACGGAAGACAGCGGCUUCUUCAAUCUUCGGAAUAAAAAUAGAUUACUUAUUAUCACAUGAAAUUCAUUUAUUCGCAACUUGCAUGCAUAUAAACUUGUCCAUUACAUCUUUACGUCUUCUUAAGCCUGUUGUAGACCAACAUUCAAGUUUUGUAUGACAAGUUUUCAUUUAUUUGCUCGGCAAGCAUAGGCCUACAUUUCUUCAAAAGCUGGUAUGCUAGCUUUUGAACAAGUGCACUUGUCAUAGGAAAAAUGGAAAAAAGUAGACAUUUUCUUCGUCUGUAUGGGUCAACAAAGAAAAUUUGGCAAACUGAGUAAUCUGAGCAUGCACUUAUAUGCGGUUGGUCAGCGAUCUAUGGUUGUAAUAGCUAAUAAUAGCUAUCGUAGCUAUCGAAAACCAAAAAGUUGUCAUAGAAAAUUUGUUGUACGUACACACGUACAAUUGCAUGGGAAAUAAAACUUCCAAUAUGAUUACUUGUUAUAGAAAACUUGCUCGUUUGUAACCGGCUUUAUAAUAAUAACCGUAAUGUAUUUGUAUAGGUGAUAGUAUGGUCUCGAGUGCAAUUUGGAAAAAAAACAUGCACGAGUGAGGUUAUUAAUAACACGCAUGAAAAAAAUAUGCAGAAGCAAAUUCAUUGUCACUGGCGUGCAUAAAACACAUGCGAUUUACUCACUCAUUUGAAUGGCCCAACAGCUUAUUACAAGUCUGUAACUGUGAGCAGUCAAAACUGAAAUCAAGCACUAUAUUCGAUUUUGUGGCACUGUUCCGCAUUUUUUGCACAUAUGUCGAGUUCCGAAUUUAAACUCAGAGUUCGUUUUAGUGUUAGGGUAUAUAUAGGGGUUGAGUUAGAGUUAGAGUUAGAGUUAGAGUUGGGGUUAGAUGUUAGGGUAAGGUUUGGCACAUAAGCCUUAGGAUUGUUACAAGGGCGUGGUUGUGAUCUUCUUACGUUUCAACGAUUUUGGAAACAAGCCUCUUGUCCGUCCAUUCAACACUGUACAUUCUUUAUUGCUAUAGUGUUUCCAUCUGUAUGGUAGAGUUAAACUAGAAGCACACUUCUUACAUGCAAGUGAAACGAAAUUGUAAUCGGGCAACUGCAUGUUGCAAGGGUGUAGUGGAAGGGGACUCAGUGGGCUGAGCCCUCUUGUUCAAUAAAUUUCCUUUCAGUUUAGGGAAGGGGCUGAGACUCCCUUAAGAUUUUUUGUGAAGGAUGAAUGAAUCUUUCAUCAUCAUCAUAUGACAGAUUUUUGCUAAUUGAAUAAGAUUUUGCAUUAUUGUAAAAUUAAAGCGCACCUAUUCCAAUAUAUUUCUAUUCAAUUCUUAAAGUCACACCAAUAAUGCUAUAUUUCCUUACAUUCAGGAUGUUAUUCUGACUAAUUAACCUGGAGUGAUUGUAUUUUAUUGUUUUUAUAUGAUAAAACUAUAUAAAUGUAACCCCCCCCCCGUUUAUUAAAUUGAAAGGGCUGAACUGUGAUUUAACAUUUCCUAACUUAACCUUUUAGGUCAAAGGCAGAGUUGGCGUUUACAAAUUCCUACAUUUACCGUAUGAUCCUAUCGGUCUGGAAGAAUGUAACCCAAAACAAGAAUUUUACUUUGAUGAAAACUGUGUAAGUCCUUCGUACGAGGAAACGACACAUGAUGACGAAGCGGUCAGUCCUUAACACGUCCUACCGAGGUCCCACUGUGCGAAAGGUGUGUUAAUUUCAUGUUCAAAGGCACAUAAAUGAUAAGUUUAUGAACUGCAGGUUUGCUGUGUGGAGGGCGAUUGAGUGGAAAUAUAACAGCUAUAUAUAAUAUAAGCGGCAUUGAUCUCAAAACUAGCACUGAUUUCUAAUGUAAUUUGAAAGGUAUAUCUUGUCACAUCUCUUUUCAUGAAUUUUAGAACGUUUUAAGGGAAAGCUAUUAUUGUUCUGGAAGAGGAGAUUAGAAAUCCGUAAAACAUUGUCGGCAAGAACAAAAAGUCCAAAUAAAUUGUUUGCACAUUGUUUGCAUAAAUUGUAUGAAAAGCCAAAAAACGUUUGCAAACCUAAUGAGCUGUUAUUAGUUGGACAAAAUAUUUAGUUAUUAGUUAUUAGUUGGACAAAAUAUUAUUAGUUAGGCAGUAAAAAUUGCUUGUAUUGAAGAAAUAUUCAUCCUCUCUCCAAAAAAUAAUGCUCCCUAAGCCAUGCGCUCGUUAAUAGAACUUGGGGCGGCCAUAUUGGAUUGACCUCAUCAGUUAUUCACUGGCAAAUUUAGGAAGAGAGGCCAUAUUGAUGACUAAAGUCUCUUCAGACAAUAUAUAUAUAUAUAUAUUCCCGUUCCCAUCAAUAAUAACCAGAAAUUGAGCCCAAACAUGUCAGCAGCGCCACAGAAUUCGAAAUUUAUAAUGGUCCUAUCAACAUGGCUGCUAUCGCCAUCGUUUUUAUUCAUGCAUAGCGAAUGCACUAUGAUAUCCAGUCCUAGUUUUGAGAUCGGUGCACAAGCAGUUGUCCAGUCUUGAGAUCAGUGACACAUAUUUAUAAUUCAAAAUGGUUGCUCGAACUGUUUUUAACAGCAGACCCGGGUUUGGUAUUGCAAUGCCCAAAGGAAAGAAAUCUUAACGAAAAUUCACAAUUUGUACAAAGAUUGAUAAAGAUGAUAAUGUUCACAUGAAAACUGGAGUGAUAUAAAAGUAAAGUUGUGAAAAGAAAAAAAAAGAAAAGAAAAAUAAAAAUCCUUCAUUCUAGUGUAUUAAUUGUUUUGGAAACGAACCAUCCAUGUAUUAUUAUACUGUGGGUCAUUGCUAUUAAAUUGGAAUUAUUUAUCAACAACGUCGUCAUCAGUGUCUGUAAUAACUUUUCCACAAUUAAAUUUUUCAACAUAGCGGCUAUGUGUAGCUCGAUGUGUAGCAGCUAAAAAGAUCCUACAUCUCCUAUCCUAACCAACCCAAUCCAUGCAUGUUGUAAAACACGAAAAUCGUACGAAGUUGGUGAGUUGGUCUAUUACGGACACCAACACAUUUUGGUCUAGCUAACGUAGGAAGCCAGAUUAAAAUGCUACAGCAAUAGUCUAAUACACAGUUGCGUGAUUUUAAUUUUUCGCCAGCGAGAAGAGACUGAACGCGCUCCCAGUUUUGGCCAAACAAACACCACUGGUUUUUCCAGGUGUUCCUGUCUCCUGCAUAAUCUGUUGGGGAAACAGUCUUGAAUAUAAUUGGUUCAAAACAGCUAUUCAGUAUAAAUAAAGGCAGCUCAUGCAGCUUAGUUCAGUGGUUGAAAUUUUUCCCAAGCCCCACUCCUGAUUUAUCUGGAGUACAAUCAACCAAUCAGAAUUAAUAAUUUUGUUUUGUAAAUAAAUAAAGUUACAUUAUUGCUUUAGGAGAGCUGUGGAUUGGGAAAGAUACAACUACCUGAAAAAUACAUUUUAAAGCAGAAGUUCGAAGUUUUCAGCGAAGGCCUUUGUUGGGAAGCCGGUUACGUCAAGGCAAUUGCUAGAUAGUAUACUUCAAAAUAAGGUUUCCGUUUUUAUAUCAUUUUUUAAAAUAAGUUAGGGUUAGGUUAGGGUUUGGGUUAGCGUUAGGGUUAGUAUUAAGGUUAGUAUUAGGGUUAGGGUUUAGUUUUGCGUUAGGAUAGUUUUUUCUACGUUAUAAAAACGGAAACCUUAUUUUGAAGUAUACUUUCUAGCAAUCACCGUUACUUAUUGGGCUACAGUGUAGCGUAGUAGCCACCAUCCUCGUCCCCAAGGCCUCUCGGCCGCGUGCGUCCUCCCUAGCCCCUGGGACACACAGAACAAGAAGUGCAAGAAAACUUGCAUGCCCUUGAAUUGGAACGCUUUAGCACCCGUAACAAUUUUCACAGUGAAGUAUUUACGAAGAAACGAAAUAUUUGUGUUGACUUAUGUUGAUGGAAUAAUUUUGUUUAGCGAAAACUGCUCAAAUUCUCAGUGCGAAAUAGCUGUUCUCUGAGAAGCCAAUCAGAUCUCUCCCUUUAGUCGUCUAAGCCAGAGCCUAAUUUUCAACGAGUGACAGAGUGAAAAUGGCUCUGGGGACGAGAAACUUCCCGAUGCUCAACAUCGUACCCAGGGCUUUUGCGCUUAUUCCUUGGGUACGAUGUUCCCGACGCUCUAAACGAAAGGCCGUCGUUCUAAACGUCGAAGAUCUGCUUGUAUUUUUCAAGUAGUUGUAUCUUUCUCAAUCCACAGCUGUCUUGUUACCGUAGCUACCUACACUGGCACAGACAUUUCGAGAUUAUUACAGCUUUAGCCUUUUGUAUAUUUAAAGCAAUGAAACAAUUAACUUCAUG